AAACUUUAACAACAUUUCAGACAUAGUUUUUUUAGUUUUUAAACAGGAUCUAAACGCCGGAUAUCUAUCUAGAAUGAAAAUGUUAUCAAUAAAUGUUUUUUUUUUAGUUUUUAAACAGGAUCUAAACGCCGGGUAUCUAUCUAGAAUGAAAAUGUUAUCAAUAAAUGCAGUUAUUUAAGCAAACAAAUAUAUAUCAAUAAUCCAUUUCAAAAGUGCUUUAAAUGUAACUUUUCAUAUUUUUAGAACUAUUUGUCAAAACGUUAAUGAAAUUAUUAUAGAAAUAACAUGAUCAGCCGCGAAUAAUGUUACAUAAUUAUAUGGUAACAAUGGGGUAUUUCAAACAGGUGAAUACUAGUGAUUACAAUAUGGAACUUGCAGAGGAUUUAAAUGAUGAAAUGACACGAGCUGUACUUCCUGUAACUAUUUUUGUUGGGAUAGAGGUGAUCGCGGCUUUCUUUGGAAAUAUAUUUGUGAUCUACGUGUUCCUGUUCCGAUACCAUGUCUGUAACUUCCGUUACUUUGUUUUGUGUUUAGCCAUUACCGAUCUUACAAGCAGUUUGACUACGAUGCCUGGAGAGAUGGUGACACAGCUUUAUUGGUACGUGUAUCCAGUACCGGAAUUGUGUAAGAUCAAGUCCUUCUUUAAUAUGUUCACUGUGUCCGCUGAAGCUCUGUGUCUACUUACAAUUGGCGUGGACAGAUAUCUGAAAAUUUGUCGACCUCUGGGUCAUCAAAUGAAACCAAAGCAUGCUAUUAUUAUUUGUGGAUUGAUUUACAUAAUUGCAUUCAUAUUAGCUAUCCCUGUGUACAUCCUUUGGGGAACACACGGCAAGGAAAUGGUAUAUAAAAACCAAACAAUAUUAGUAACUGUAUGUGAAAAAGAUGAGAAAUGGCUAGAAACUAACCACCAUCUACAGUAUUCUGUAGCUAUGGAGGUUAUCAUAUCAAUAUGUUUAGUUAUAAUGUUUGUAUUGUAUGUAUUUGUGGUUAGAGCACUUUUGAAAAACAAGCGGUUUCGUGUAAAUGCGGGAAAACAUUAUUCUCCUCCAAAUUCAAGCAAUCCGAUCGAAAUGACUUCAGCACAGGAAGUUAGUGAAACGGACACUUCUCCGAGAGAAAAAGCUCCUACAUCAGGUAAUCUAGAGCACGACAAUGAUACGAAAGGUGUAAAUUCAAAGUGCAGGGAAAGUAAAGUUUCAAUGACACCAGUUGAUGAUGACCAUGACAAUCGCAUGGGACACAGUAAUAUAUUAAAUAUAAAAGAAAAGCAAAAGAGAAAGAAAGCUAAAGUUAAUCCACCAAUUGUAGUGGUUACGCCAGCAACCACGUCACAAACUGAUUUCUCUUGUGACGCCAUCACCGUAAAUUCUCAUACAGAAUUUAGUGAUACCGGCAUCAGUUCCUUCUUGGAUAUGAAUGGACAACCAAGAAAUGAUCGUAAAAUCCCGAAUGUCACGUCUGACGACGAAACUGAUUCUAAAGAACUUGGUACAACCCUUCAAAUACCGACACAAGGAAAGCACGGCCUACCAAGCACAGCGCGCCAAUCCCCAAAGUCUCCACGACAAUCGCGACAAAAAAUGAACAUUUCUUCCAGAGUUAGACGUAAAACACUCAUUAUGUUUAUCCUUACACUUAUAUUCAUUGCUACAACGAUCUUGUACCUAACAUUACUUUCCUUCAUAGCAAGAUCAGACGAUAUUUUACAAGAUAUGAGCAAUGGCGAUAAAGCGGUGUAUUUCUUCUUUUUCCGCCUUUAUUUUCUCAACCACGUGAUCAACCCGAUUGUAUAUGGUCUACUGGACCCAAGGUUCAAGAAAGUGAUGCAAAAUUUCAGAAAGUCCGCGACAAUUAAAUAAUUUGUACCGGAUAACUGUCAAUAAAUCUGCUCUGCUGAAUUUUAUUCAAACGUUACGUCAAUUUGUAUACAUUGUACAAUUGUACAAUGAAUGUGAAAUCACAUAAGAAAAAGGAACAAUCUCACGAAAGUAUGACAAUCGGUGACAGCAGUGGAAUUGAAUCUUUCAGA